ACCACUAGCUGCCUCCAGAGAGCCCCGGCAUCUCCACCAGUGCCAUCUCCCUCCGCGGCAGGACAUGGCAUACGAUGCCGAGAGCCCCAAGCCGUGCAGGUCCUUGGCAUUGUGCUAGGCUUCGCUGCGGGUAGCAGGCCAUUCUUCCCCUAUUAGAGCGCUCUGUGAGGUCCGCCUCGCCUUGCCGGCUGGAGACAUGGCCAAGGCGCUGUUGCUGAUCUGCAUCGUGGUUUAUCCAGGAUCCUGUGCUCUCUGGGUGUCUCAGCCCCCAGAGAUUCGUGUCCAGGAGGGCACCACCGCUCUCCUGCCCUGCUCUUUCAAUGCCAGCCGAGGGACACUGGCCAUUGGCUCCGUCACAUGGUACCGAGACAAAGUGGCCCCAGGCACGCAGGUGAGCAACAUGACCCCAGAGUUCAGGGGUCGUGUGGCCUCUUUUGCUGUUGUUCCUCGAUUCAUCAGGGACCACAAGGCAGAGCUGAUCAUACAGGACGUUCAAAGCCGUGACUCCGGGAUCUAUGUGUGCAGGGUGGAGGUGCUAGGCCUGGGCAUCGGAACAGGAAACGGGACCCGGCUGUUGGUGGGGAAAGGGACUCCUCAGCAAGCUUCCAGCUCAGAGCAAGCAGUCCACACAAGUAUCCUCCUUCGGGCUGGAUUCUACGCCUUCAGUUUUCUCUCUGUGGCCAUGGGUAGUACCCUCUAUUAUCAGGGCAAAUGCCCCUGUCACGUGGGAACACACGGCGCCCCUCCCACAGCCUGUGAGGAGUGAGUGUAUCUCAGUG